UCCUGCACGAAUCACAGGCUCUCAAAGAGUGGGGAUUCCGGAAAGGGAAGGAGCACACUCACUAGAAAAGGAGCCUCGGGUCUCACACCCCUUCGGGACAUGCCCGGCGUGUCUGAGGCAGGUGGCUGCGAGGUAUCUCCUGGCGAAUGAACCUGCUGUUACCGCCAUGUCUUCGGACUUCUUUCUGCAGCCUUUGGACGGCGGUCCCCGCGUGCCCGUGGGGCCGGGACAGACUGUGAUAGGCCGCGGGCCGCUGCUGGGAAUAACAGACAAAAGAGUAUCCAGAAGACAUGCCAUUCUUGAAGUGGCAGAUAGUCAGCUUCGAAUCAAACCAAUCCAUAGGAAUCCAUGUUUCUACCAGUCCUCAGAGAAGAGCCAGCUCUCGCCAAUGGAGACACAUGUGUGGAGCCGGCUGAAUCCUGGGGAUAGCUUUUCCUUGUUACUCGACAAGUACGCUUUCCGUGUUUUCUCUGCAGAAUCUGAAGUGGAAAUGGAGUGUACUCUAAGAAACAGUCAGAUGCUUGAUGAAGGUGAUAUAUUGAGUGAGAUGCAGAAGUCCCCUGUGGUUGACUUACCUGAUAAGACAACUGGUGCCUCACAGCUACAAGGAAGCCCCGGAAUAACCAAGACCAACUGUCCCACCAUAGAUCCUAUGGUGAGAAACUCCUCUUCAGAUGAAUGCAGAGCUCUCAGUGAGCACCAGCCAAAUCCUACCCAGAGGAAAAGAAUCCUCCCAGUCUGGAUGUUAGGGGAAAGUCUAAGUGAUCAGAGCCUUUCCACACCUGUUGAGGGUGGAGAUAAGGCUGCCAUCCAGAGGAGUGGAAAAGAAGGAACCUGUGAAGACAGAACCCCAGUGAACACAGCAUGGCAUGGGAGAAAGCGGUUUAUUCCAUCAGGAAAUCCAAAAAGUGUGUCAGCAGAACAAGACCCUGGGAAGAAAUGCAGAAAAUCUGGCCAAGAAGGACCAGGUGUUUCAUCUGAGAAUGUUCCAGACUCUUCAUCUCCAGUCACAGUAAGUGGCCCAGAUGUGGAUACUGUGAAGACAGAUAAAGGGAGCAGUGCAGGUUCAAUAGAGGAACUUGAUGAAGUCUCUAAGUAUAAAGCCACCACCAAAUCAACCUCAAAUGAAGAGGGCAAGGCAGUGAGCCAUCCCGAGAGUCAUGCAAGUGUCCAAAGCAAGUCAUUUCCUGAGAAAUCUCAAGGAUGCCACCCUGAGUCCAGCUCUGCUCCCUCCAGUCCUGGUGCUUCACACACAGACACAGCUGAUUCAGUGCUAAGCUGUUCAGAAGACAGCAAGGUCCGGAGGACGUCCUGCAUGUAUGGGGCCAACUGCUACAGGAAGAAUCCUCUUCAUUUUCAACACUUCAGCCACCCUGGUGAUAGUGAUUAUGGAGAUGAACACAUCAGAGACGAAGGUGUGACUGGUGACAGGCCAGAGUGUCCCUAUGGGGCAUCUUGUUACAGGAAGAACCCCCAGCACAAGAUGGAAUAUAGGCACAGUGCAGUUCCAGGUAAGUAACUACUUCAGUCAACUCAAAAGAAACCUUUGAGUAAUUCUCCAAUUAAACUGGGUAUUUCAAAAAUAUUGUUGCUUAUAUGAGUUAUUGUUGUUGAUUUAAGUUACUUCUCCUAGAUUAUUUUUAAUGAAUUUUUAGUUGAAUCUU